CAUAGACAAACCUUGCUCUGAAGAGGACUGCCGGUUACGGGACAGUUUUUGGAAUUAAAAAUUCAUGUUACAAAAGCAGCAAUUGCAACAAGCCUUUAAAAAACAAAAAUAGAAACUCGGCAUAUAAAAAGUACGAGAUCAGCAACGUAUUGGAGUAUUUUCCUGGUGAAGUCUACGUGGGAAUUUUAAUAUGCUGUGAAACUGCGAAUGAGCCAGAGGGACUUCUUAAAAAGUGUUUCGAUAAGACCUCUGCCUGUCCUCAGGAUGAUGUGGAGGAGGAGCCUCGUUUGUCAGUCUGCCUGUAGGUAAUGGAUGUUGCCCGUGUCUGAUCGGCUCCCUUUGCUCAGUGUGGAGAUGGUUCCUAAGGCCAGGCUGCUGGUGUCAUGGAUCUGCGUACAAACUCUCCUGGCCACGGCCCUUGGUAUCUGUCCUAUGGCACCUCGCAGAGCUGUGAAUUUCUCUGUCACCUACAAUGUGUCAUACUUCCAGGCAGCAGGCUCCAUACAAAACAUUUUGGUUAAUUCACAGUCUAAUGAGGUCUACGUGGCCUCUCGGAAUGUUAUUGAGGCUGUGAACUCCAGCCUGGUGAAGAUCUGGGACCUGCGCACAGGACCCGUGGGCAGCCCUGAGUGUGAAAUCUGUAGCUUGUGUGACAUUGAAAUGGAUCCCAAACAUUUAGAGGACACAGACAAUGAAGUCUUGCUGUUGGACCCGCAGCCCUAUCUUCCUUAUUUGUACACCUGUGGGAGCUCUCAGCAUGGGGUUUGUUAUUUCCACGAGCUUGAAAUAGAUGGUAGACGGCCCUCCUCUUCAAAAUGUCUGUUUAAAAAGGAGUCUAACUCCCCGGAUCAUUGCCCAGACUGCUUGGCCAGUCCUCUUGGCACCAAGGUCAGCAUUGUUGUGGAGGGGCAGACUGCCUUUUUCUUUGUGGCGGCCACAGUGGAUGAGCGUGUGACCAAGAGCUAUGGCAGGAAGUCCAUAUCGGUGCGACGGCCUCUGGCAACUGAGGAUGGCUUCGACACGGACGUGCACGGCCUCACCGUGCUGCCAGGUCUGCGCGGGUCCUAUCGCAUCGACUAUGUGUACAGCUUCUCCACGGAUGAGUUUGUGUACUUCCUGUCCGUGCAGCGGGAGAAUCCGGAGGUGGGGUCCUCGCGGUUUCAGACCAGGCUGGGUCGGCUGCCGAGCCGGGACUGGGAGAUGUGGAGGUACAGGGAGGUGGUCCUGGAGUGCCGCUUCGAACCCAAGCGGAGGAGGAGGAGCGCGAGCUACCAUGAUGUGAUCUACAAUGGGCUCCAGGCAGCGCACUUCGGCAAUGCUGGAAAGGAACUCGCAGACGAGCUAGGCGUGGAGGAGACAGACGACAUCCUCUAUGGGGUGUUUGCCGUGACCAGCGACACAGGGGAGCCCACUGAAGACUCGGCCCUGUGUGCCUUCCCCAUGGACCAUGUGAACAGGGCCAUUGAUGCCGGCGUGGAGGCCUGCUGCCACUCCAGCCCUGAGCAGCUUUCCCGCGGCCUCUGCCACUUCCAGGCCUGCGAGAGCUGCCCACACGAGAGCAUGGAAAACAAUGCUACCUGCGCUGAGAAGCCCACCAUGGUAUCACAGCCCUACUACAAGGUGGACCUCUUCAACAGGCAGAUGAAAGGUGUCCUGCUGACCUCUGUGCUGGUCACCACAAUUGGGGACAAGACUGUGGCACAUAUGGGGACCAAAGAUGGACGGCUUCUGCAGGUUGUCCUAAGAAGAUCCAACCCAGUCAUCUUUGCCAAUUACUCCCUGGCAGAGAACCAGAAAGUGUCCCCAAUCGCCUCUGUGCAGUCAGAAGACUCCUUGCUGUUUGUGGUGGGAAACAAGAUGUUCAGCGUGCCGCCUAGGGGCCCGGGCUGUAGACACUUCCUCACUUGCAGCGCGUGCCUCACCGCGCCUGCAUUCAUGGGCUGCGGCUGGUGCUCGGAAUUUUGCUCCUGGCAGAAAGAGUGCAGCAGCAAGUGGAAUAAUGAGACCUGCCCACCUGUCGUCAGGGAGUUCUUCCCAAAGAUGGCACCCCCUGAUGGUGAAACGGAGCUUACAUUAUGCGGUUGGGAGUACCCUCUUCGACCUGCCAUCACACCCAAUGCUUACCUGGUGAAGGUGGGACAGACUCCCUGUGAAGUACUGGGGAAGAGUAACAGCACACAGCUGGUGUGCAGGAUUCAGCCUACGGUCAUGAAGGAGGACAUGCCCGUCCUCAUCACUGUGGAGGUGCACGAAGGGAAGGUGGAGGGACACUACUCCAUCGAUGGGAGAACCCAAAUACAAGGAUUCACCUUUGUGGUGCCUGACGUCACAGAGAUCACCCCCGACUAUGGGCCACUAGUCGGAGGCACCAUGAUCACGGUGAAGGGGCACCACCUGGGUGCUGGAAGCAGCAGGAGUGUCACUCUGGAUGAGGUGCCCUGUCAGUUUGAAAGUGUCUCAACAAUCAGCGGAAAUGUGUCCUCUAUCGUCUGCCUCUCAAAGGGUGUGGGGGGAGUGAGAGAUGCCACCCUGAAGGUGUAUGUUGACAAAUCCAGGCUGCCCACCACCACAGUGUUCCACUACAGGGAAAACCCUGUAAUCACCCAGGUGCUCCCAUCUUGCAGCUUCAACAGAGGUUCCAAGAUCACCAUCACAGGGAGGCAUCUGGAUUCUGUCUACAGGCCUGUCAUUCGCUUUACACCCAGUGGCCAGCGGAAGACUGUGUACACAUAUUGUAACGGUACGGUGAGUCCUACGCGGAUGGAGUGUGUGACCCCACGAUUUCCUAAGGAGGAGACAGAAAAGGGACAGCUCUCUUUCGACAUGGAUGGAGCUGUUGGACUUUGGACCCAGGACUUCACAUAUCACCCUUACGCUGCACCCAUCCCCUUCGAAUUUGAGGGCAACACGUUGCAGCUGUAUCAUGGGCAAAAUGAGGUGUCCCUACAUCACAAGAAAUUGAAUCUUGUUACUUCCUGCAUGAAUAUCACCAUGACAGUGGGGGGAGUGGACUGUAAGGCUGAAGUCCUGGAAAAUGAAAUCACCUGCAGGAUUCCCAAAAACCUGACCAUCCCCGGCAAAGGUCUGCCUGUGAUGGUCUAUGUCAACGGGCAGGAGCAUUACGUGGGCAGGGUUGUCAUCGUCAGUAACAAUGUUGUGGUAGGCAUGGUUCUGGGCGUUUUUUUCGCACUGGUGACGGGAGCUGUGAUGGCCUUUUUCAUCAUGAAUCACAUGAGGAAGAAGAAGAAAGCUGCCCUGGCGGAGAACCGUCUGUCUUAUUUCUCCAACCGGACCAGGAACAGCAGUAAUUCAGACCCAUCUCCCGCUGGUGACUACAGACGAGAGCUGUCCUCCAACAGGACAUCUGGGUCAGGAGCGAUGGCCUUCGCCGGACUGGCCUAUGCCAGCAGCUUCGACACUGUGCUGGUCCCCCUCAUGCACCAGGACAAAAUUUCCAUCACCAGCCUACGGCCGGAGCUCCUGGAGGAAGUGAAGGAUGUGCUGAUCCCGGCCGAGACGCUAAACGUGCAGCACCAGAGGAUCAUCGGGAAGGGUCACUUUGGGACAGUGUACCAUGGCUAUCUCACAGACCAGAACAACCAAGAAAUCCACUGUGCAGUGAAGUCCUUGAAUAGGAUCACAGAUGUGGAGGAGGUGGAGCAGUUUCUGCGAGAGGGCAUCCUGAUGAAGGGCUUCCACCACCCUAAUGUGCUCUCCCUGCUGGGCAUCCUGCUACCUCAGGAAGGGCUCCCCCUGGUGGUGCUGCCCUACAUGAAGCACGGCGACCUUCGCCACUUCAUCCGCUCCGAAAAGAGGAAUCCCACUGUGAAAGACCUGAUUGGCUUUGGGCUUCAGGUUGCCAAGGGGAUGGAAUACCUGGCCCAGAAAAAGUUUGUGCAUAGAGACCUUGCAGCACGUAACUGCAUGCUGGAUGAGUCAUAUACUGUGAAGGUGGCUGACUUUGGCAUGGCACGUGACGUUUUGGACAAGGAGUAUUACAGCGUUCAAGACCAAAGAAAGGCUAAGCUUCCAAUCAAGUGGAUGGCCAUUGAGAGCCUACAGACACAGAAGUUCACAACCAAGUCAGACGUGUGGUCCUUUGGAGUCUUGAUGUGGGAGAUGCUGACCAGGGGAGCAAGCCCCUAUCCUGAGGUGGACCCCUAUGACAUCACACACUACCUGCUGAAGGGGCGCAGGCUUCCUCAGCCACAGUUCUGCCAUGACUCUCUGUACGCCAUCAUGCUCCAGUGCUGGAACCCUGAGCCAGAGAUGAGGCCUACCUUUGCCACCCUUGUGUCAGAGGUGACGAAGAUCCUGUCUGGCAUGGAGGGGGACCACUACAUCAACCUCAAGGUCACAUACGUCAAUCUGGACCAGCCCCGCCCUUAUCCCGCCCCACCGGAGUCUGCCGAUGAGGGCGGGUCUGACAGUGCAGCUAGCCCAGGCUCCACCUCUGCCUGAGGGGCCCAGCGAUGGACAUUUACAUUUACAUUUAUUUAUUUAGCAGACACUUUUACCCAAAGCGACUUACAAAAGUGCAUGGACAUGGGGCCACCAGCGCUCAGAACAGCCAAAACAUGUAUCGUGGCACGGGCCAUGUGCCACCCCCCCAUGCCAUGAUACUCCACUGGUCAAUGGAAAGAGGAGCCGUCCCCUCAUGAACUUGUGCUACGUGACAUGGCAUCAAGUGACACUCAGUGGAAUGGCCAUAAACUCAUUUCAAGAGAGCGGUCACCUCAAGACUGCCUUGAAAGGGAUGGUUGACACCUCUCAAUCUGUGUUUAAUUCUGUAAUGCGUUUACAUUGUUUGCUGCACUUUGUGUCUUAUUUGCUGCAAUGUGUGUCUUAAAGGGAUGUUAUUUAGUUUUUUUUUCACAGGAACAGAGGGGGCUGUUUGAAACCUCUCUUGUCCUCCUCAAGUGCAAGCAGCAUAGCAGGAGAAAAGCUACGCUAGGCUAAAGCUAAGACUGAAGACUUGAAGUGUGGAUGUACAGUAUAUUUGGCUCAGGAAUUUUGUUAUAAGAAUAUGUUUUUGUAUUUCAAAAUUGAUUGCUAAUUUUAUAAUUGCCCCUACUGAUUCUAAGCACUCGAUUCUGGUCCAGAGAUAUGUCUGAAUAAAUACACUGUAAGUACUAGAAAACACAAAUGAGGUGGACUUUUGUAUAGUGCAUAAAGUGCAUACAUUUUGCAUUCCAUAUUCAUUUUCUCUCCAUUACUCUCAAAGGCUUCUUAUUCUCAGGUUAUAGGGGCAAUAAUGCUCUGCUGUUACUUGAUUAACUUGUUGAGCAUAUGCUAAUAGGAAGUAGCGCUGUGUUUCUCAGGGUGUGGUUACAGCAGACAGAUUUCCCUCACCCUUGUGUGACAAAGAGAGCCGUGUGUGACUCCUUACUGGAGACUUUGCACAGUAAAUAGUCAAAUCUCAAACAGCAAACUGAAGCCAUUAUCAGGUGGCUAUUCUCCAAUCAGAUAAUGCCUGCAGAAAUCUUUUCUUUUACGUGACCAAUCUGUCUGGCUACGUGCAAAAAAGGCACAUACACAUGUGUGUACGCACCGACAUGUAUAGAUUUGCAAGCAUGCACUCAUGCACAGCCUUGAAUCAAGGGAGAUAAGCUAGCUUACUGUUUAUCCUUUCUCUCAGUAGAGUUUCUUUCCCUGGGAGGGGCAGCAGUGUGAGAUUAUGACAGCAGGCAGGGCCUGGCUAACUUCUUCCACCCACUGUGAAAGAGUUGAUGUUGAGUUGACUAAACAAGUCUUCUACAGGUUAGUUGUUUUCUAAUGUCUAGCCCUCUCUGGCAAAACAUGCAUAGGCUUGAAGACCAUCUCAUAAAUCUGUGUGAAGACUGACUUGUCAGGGUUUGUGACAGAAUGGGAUCUUUUCUGAAUUUUUUUCUCAGCACAUCUGAAAACUGCAUGUCCCUAUGUCCUUUUGAGCACCCAUGGAAAUCACUCACUCACACACACACACACACACACACACACACACACACACACACACACACACACACACACACAAUCACCAGUAGGUUAUUAUUUAAAGUGUGACGGACUGAAAAUGAAUUUAAUUUUCAUGCU